CCUGUUUCCUUAACUUAGUGUGGCAUAAACAUUGUGCUUGAUAUAGUAUCUGACUGGUCGUAGUACAAUGUUAGAACAAUAAGAGAAACUACCAGUUGAGACACUGCAACCGCAUGAAACCGAUUUACAUCCCGUUGUUCUGUUGGUCAUACUCCAUCUGGGCAGUGUUGUUGGUGUGUGUGUUACACGGGUCGGCGAACAAGUCGGUGAAAAUCAAUUAGGGUUUGUUUCAUUAUGAUCACAUAAAACACGUUUCGUAGUUCAUUGGUUGGCUUAUAUAGUAAAGAAUCAUUUUAAUUAUGGAAGGAAUUGGAGGAGAAAUUAGUUCAAAAAUUCGAGCUGCCAUAAAAUCGAAGCUGAUGGAAAUGGGAGCGUAUGUAGAUGAAGAGCUACCAGAUUAUGUUAUGGUGAUGGUGGCAAACAAGCGCAGCAAGUCUCAGAUGGCCGACGACUUGCAGCUUUUCCUAGGAAAGAGUACUGAACAGUUCACAAACUGGCUACAGCAAGUACUGAGCAGGCUACAGGAGGUAGCGGCAGUAAACAGUAAAACAUUAACAGAUACUAAGAAAGUUCAGAGUCGGAUUUCAUCAGACGAGGCUGCCCACAAGGUGAAGUCUGCCUCUAAGCUCAAAUGUGAACAGGUUACCAAGCCCAAACCAGAGCACCCUCAAGACAGAGCCGGCAGCCACCGCUCCGAGAAGAAGCACACUGGAGUUGCCAUCAGUGGUGGUGGUGGUGGUGGUGGUGGUAGCAGCAGCGGCACCAAAAAAGACCGCAGAAAUGGCAGUAGUGGCAGUGGGGCUGCCACAGAGAAGAGCAAGAGGGUGGCCGACGGCAAGGCACCUGAACCGGCCUCAGCAAAAACAAAGAUUGUUCUGAUGAACAGUGACGAUGAUGAGGAAGACUUCAUUAACAUCAAAGCUGAUGCUGAAGCAGAGGCCUUGUUGAAAGCAGAACUGCCCGCAUCUGCUAAGCGACUGCAGACAGUGACGGUGGCGGUGACAGUUAGGGGUGCGGAGACUGCUCAGAGGCAGAGCUGCACGUCGCCAGAGGCCGCGGCGAGAGCGGAGCCGCGGCAGCGGCAGCUCGGUGCCGCCGCACCUGUCGUGAACGCAGUCUCUGCACGGGACGUGACUGCAGCUGUGGCACACAGUACGAGCGGUGCGCGGAAGGUCCGGCCGACAGUGCGCCGGGUUGUGACUGCGCCGGCCUCGGUUGUCGCCGUGGCGACAAAGAGGUCUGCAGGCGAAGAGGACGGCAGAGGCCCGGCAAAGAGGGCCGCUGUAUGCGUCAGCGAGGAGGCUGUGUCGAAGAGGAGCCUGGCCAGCACCGUGGGGGUGACCGACAGGCUAGGAGUGCGGCCGAGUGGAGGCCCGAGUAUAAAGGACAGGCUGGGUACGAGAGGUGCCGUAGCCGUCGCUGCUGCCGCAUCGGCGUCUGACGAGCCGGUGAGCAGGCCGGGCGCGAGGAAUCCCACAGCUGCAGCUAGAGAGCCCCGUCCUGGCGGUGGCAAGGUGACGGACAGGUUGGGGCCGAGGCCCACCGGCAGUGGGACUGCCAGUGCCCCAGAAGGGUCAGGCACAAAGUCCACUGCCACUGCGGAGAGCGGCGGACUGCCGACCAGACUGAGGGUCACAGACAGGCUGGGCACGAGGAGGGGUGACGCUGCGAGGGAGGCCGGCACAUCCAGGAAGAGAGCGGCAGAGGGAGGCAGAGACUCUCUGCCCGAGGUAGCGGCAAAAAGACCGGCGGCGGAGGGUCCGGGCAGCCGGCUGGCACGGCGGCUGCGCGAGUUGGCUGAGGGUCCCGGCGGCGGCAGUGCGAGGGUGGCCCACGUGCCUCCCAACAACAUCCGGCAGGGUGGCACCAGCUCUGGCACCGGCCACGCGGACUGCAGGCCGUCAGUAAACUCGCAAGUGGUCCCGACGGGAGCUCGCGAAUCGGUGGCGGAGAACCGCGACGUGGAGGGCGAGGUGGUGCCCGCGGUAGCACUGCCGUCAGUGGUUCGUGUCACGCCGCGGCCGCGGCUGCCCGCCUCCAUGCAGGCCAACAAGAACCUCCUGCUCAAGGCAGUCGCAGAGGCCCAGCGCAGUGUCGCUGCGGCAGCAGCUUCGGUCGUCGCGUCUGCCUCCGGCACCGUCCUGUCCGCCGUCUCGACAGUGGCUACACGGCACAGGGUAGAAGGGCGUCGAGUUGCAGUCCGGCACCGGGAAGAGGAGGAAGACGAGCGAGAACAGGAGGGAGAGGAUAACUACAGGGACGAGGCACUCCAGAAUCCAGAAGGCAUAUUCACUCGAUGCUUCCUAAACAGGGAGAACUUUGCUGUAACGGUAUCAAAUGAAUCAGGAGCCGUGGGAGACUCAGAGGAGGACGAGCAGUUCGACGACGGGCGACGGCGCGACUGCACGCUGCGCGAGCUACGCGGAGCCGGGAGGCAGAGGCCGGUAGUGACCACUGCCGGCAAAUCCGCGAAGGCCUUCAUGCCCGCUGACACACCACAGCAAAUAACCAUCCAGCUGUCUCCCGAGGGCAGUCGCGACGGUGACUCCUCUUCGGAGCGCGAAGAUGAAGAGGUGGCCGAAAUACCGCCACACUCAGCAGCAGGGAAGGACGACACAAGAAGCUACGACGGGCAGCCGGUGUUCGAGGAUGAGGACGAGGAGGAAGAGGGGGGGCCCGUGGCGACAGUCGCUGCCAUCAGACCGACAGUCGUCACGACAGUGCCCCACAUGGACAUGGAGCCUGUUGCACGUCCAAAUCCACAGUUUGUUGUUACAUUGGAUGGAUUGGACGUCUCCAUGUUUCCGAAUGCCGGUACAGACGAUGACGAGGGGCCAGCAGAUCCAGGGUGUCCUGUCGACCGAGACGUCUCGAAAGUGGACUCUGGCAGCAGUGGUGUGGGACGUUCUGCGGGCACACCAUCCACUGGCAGGGCGACCAUUGUACAGAGGGUGGAGCCGCGCCUCCGGCUAGGACCGAUGCCGUCAAACCACCACCCUCAGCAGCAGCAACUGCAGCGCGGGGGUGGGGAGGUGUCGUCAAUAGGUUCGAGUUCUGGCUCCGGUAUCGCUCCUGCUAAAACUGCGGAGCGAUGUAAGUAUUGGCCCGCGUGUCGGAUGGGCGGAAAGUGUACCUUCCAUCACCCGACUCAGACAUGCAGGGCAUUUCCAGCAUGCAAGUUUGGUGAGAAGUGCCUCUACAUCCACCCCAACUGCAAGUUCGACGCGGCGUGCACACGGAGGGACUGCCCCUACACUCACUCGAGCCCGCGGCUGAGUGCGGCUGCUGCUACCAGAGGUUCUGCGCAGUCCAGCAGCGGCACGGCGGUCUGCCGCUUCUUCCCCGGUUGCACCAACCCGGCUUGCCGCUUUCUGCAUCCCAAGGCUUGCAAGUACGGACGGUAUUGUGUCAAACCGGGAUGCACUUUCCAGCACGACGGAGUCCCUACAACAGACAAACUGAAGUGGGUGUGUCCUUUCCGGGCAUAAAUACAACCCUACCAUAUAUUUUCAGAUUUGCUUCCUUCAGCUCUAGCCACUUGUCACUGCUUAGGACUGUGAGUGCUUUCAGCUCAUGUUCAUUUAUAAAUACCCGUUGAACUGUAAAUUCAAUUCUAUGAAAUAAUCUCAUCCUCUGUCAUUAAUUAAUUAAUUUAUUUAUUUAAUGAUAGUUGCUCAUGUCGUGUGUGUGUGUGUGUGUGUGUGUGUGUGUGUGUGUGUGUGUGUGUGUGUGUGUGUGUGGGCGGGCAUGCAAGUGUUUUUCUUAUGUAAUAAACAGAUAGAUAGACGUAUGUUAUAUGGUUUACACUAUGUCAAGUAAAAAGAAAUAAUUCCUAAUCACUGUAUGAAUUUGUUUUAAUAGAGUAAAAUACUGUAACGUGGUUACAGCUGUAGAAUUGCUGCUCAGUAAGUGAGCAGAAAUGUAUUCCAUGUACACUUCUUUAUUAUUAUUAUUGUUAUUGUUGAUCAUGUAUAAUUUAUUAUUAGUGUAUGAACAAUUUGAUUUCUUCCACCGAACAAGAAUAAACCACAAUAGAAAUGACCACAAUAAAAUACU